CCGCCCCGCCGAGCCUCGGUAGCGCCCCCGGCCGCGGAUGCGCCGCUCCGCCCCGGCUGCCUGCGAAGGAAGAAAAGUUUGGGGGCGACUUAGGGCCGCGGGAGCGCCCGAGGAGCAGGAGGAGGAUGCGCGGUUUCCCCGGCUGAUCGGGAAGGAAGGAUGACCGAGGGAGGAUGUGCACCAGCAGCCAGAUCAUCGGGAGCCUCCUGGUGCUCUCCGUGCUGGAGAUAGGGUUAGGGGUGUCCAGCGUGGCCGUGGGGGCGGUCAGUUUCAGCCUGGUCCUCACAGAGCAUAAACCGCAGCUGGGAGACUCUUCUCCGGUAUGGAGCGGGGUGUGUUUCCUGCUUUGCGGCGUAUGCGGAAUAUUGUGCGCCAAAAAAAAAUCUGGACUUGUUAUGAUACUUUUUUCUGCCUGUUGCAUCUGUGGACUAAUAGGAGGAAUCUUAAAUUUUCAAUUUCUUCGUGCUCUGACAAAGAAGUCAUCUGCUCUCUAUUCUUUGCAUCUUGCCUCCAUGUCUCUUGCAUGCAUUGGAAUUGGUGGUUGCACCCUUUCUUCAUGGCUCACUUGUCGGCUAGCCAGCUAUGAACAAAGGAGAAUGUUCUCAGAAAGGGAGCAUUCAUUGCAUCACUCCCAUGAAAUGGCAGAAAAAGAAAUGACAGACAACCUGAGCAAUGGUGGCCCACAUCUGAUUUAUAAUGGAAGUGUAUAUUAAGAAAUUUUUAAAAGUUCCAUGGAAGGAAGUGGUUUUAGAAUUUUCUUCAGGAAAUAAAACAGACUCCAAGAAAUUAAGAAAAUGAAACAAUCAUAGCUUUUAUGGCUCAAAUGUCACAACUGCAGACCAGCACAGUUGCAAUUCCCUUUUAGAACCAUAUUCAAAAUUUGUCUCCUAAACAUUUUGCGGAUAUACAAUAUUUAUUCACUUCCUGGCUACUCUCUUUCAGUUUUUUGUCCAAAUAAUCUUUCUGAAUUGUGAUAGUAUUUGAAAUAGACUUUGCAAGACUUAUUCUCAUGAAGACUCAAAAAUCAGAAAAAAACUUGAACUGCAUUUAGCCCACUCAAAGGAGAAGGCAGAGGAAGAAUGGCUCAGGGGAAUCUUUUUCUCCUCUCCACUUAGCAGCAUCUGGUUUAGUAUGAUGGCUUCAGAUCAUGGCAACACAUUUGCACAGUCCCUCUCCUCACAUUUUGAAUGCAUCCUGCCUCAGUUUUCCCAGCAGAUCAUAUCAAAAGAGAGUGCAAACUCCUCUUCCAAAAAGCUCCCAUCUCACAUCCAGAGUGUAAAUGAACAGUGUGCUGAAAACAACGCCGAUGUCUUUGUUUUGAAAGACAGAAUGCUCUAAGAAUGCCAUAAAUCAAAACCUCAAUAAUGCCUUGUUGUAAAGAAAUUGUAAAUAUUUCCAAUUUGUGAAUGAAGUAUAUUUCGUAACUUGUUCAUAAAAGAUGACAAAUAAAAUGAAAUCUAAACCAGA